GUUGGCUCUGAGCUCGGUGUCUCUGUUUGCCAGCCGGUGGCUCACUUUGUUCGCUCCGAGACUCAAAGUGCGCAAAGAGGAGGAACAUGUGCGACGUGCAGCUGCUGCGGGUGUCGGUACAUGAGCGGAUCAGCGCUGCCGCUGAAGACUUUCUGCUGCAGCUGGAGAAAGGAGGAGAAACGGCUCAAGUCCCGGCGCUGAGAGCGAUGCUCACCGAGCGGCUAACGGAGGCGGCGGAGGAGAUCGACGCAGGGAUUGAGGAAACCGUGGCGGUGUACGAAGACAGAAUGGAGCGGUCAGAGCGGGAGAUCUGCCGCCAGAGGAGGCUGCUCGAUGCCGUGAUGAAGCCCGAACUCCGGCUGCACAGAGUUGUGUGUCUUGCAGACAUACAGCAGCUCAUGGUGAAUAAAGAAGAGGUUCCCCCUGAGCAGCAGCAGUGGAGCCCCCUUGUGGACCAGGAGGACCCAGAGCCCCCCAACAUUAAAGAGGAACAGGAGGAACCGUGGACCAAUCAGGAGGGAGAGCAGCUUCAACAACUUGAGCAGGCUGAUAUCAAGUUCACAUUGGCUGCUGUCUCUGUGAAGAGUGAAGAAGAUGAAGAGAAUCCUCAGUUGUCACAGCUUCAUCGGAAUCAGACUGAGGAGAACACACCGGACUGUGGAGAACAAGAACCAGCCAGGAACUCAGGUCCUGAUGGACAUUUACAACAAGGUACUGAGGACAAGACUGUAGACAGUGAAGAUGAUUGGAUGCAGACCAGGGAACAUCAGUCUGGUUUAAAUACAAAAAAUAACAAACAGUCUCUAAGUGAUAUGAAAUAUAAAACUGGUAAGAAAGCAUUUAGUUGCUCUGAGUGUGGUAAAACAUUUAGCCAAAAGGGCAGUCUAACUAAACAUAUGAGGAUUCAUACAGGAGAGAAACCAUUUAGUUGCUCCGAGUGUGGUAAAACAUUUAGACAAAAGGGCAGUCUAACUUUACAUAUGAGUAUUCAUACAGGAGAGAAAGCAUUUAGUUGCUCUGAGUGUGGUAAAAGAUUUCGCCAAAAGGGCGGUCUAACUGAACAUAUGAGUAUUCAUACAGGAGAGAAACCAUUUAGUUGCUCUGAGUGUGGUAAAAGAUUUAGCCGAAAGUGCAGUCUAACUGAACAUAUGAGGAUUCAUACUGGAGAGAAAGCAUUUAGUUGCUCCGAGUGUGGUAAAAGAUUUCGCCUCAAGGGCCAUCUAACUGAACAUAUGAGGAUUCAUACAGGAGAGAAACCGUUUAGUUGCUCCGAGUGUGGUAAAAGAUUUAGCCAAAAGGGCAGUCUAACUGUACAUAUGAGGAUUCAUACAGGAGAGAAACCAUUUAGUUGCUCCUAGUGUGGUAAAAUAUUUAGACUAAUGGGUAAUCUAACUGCAUAUGAGUUGUCAUACAGGGGAGAAAGAAUUGACUUGCUCUGUGUGGUUAAAGAUUUAAGUUGCAUCGUUUGCAACAAAAGAUUUAUUAGGAUUUGUCAGCAACUAUUCAUAUUAUACAUAUAAAUAGUUCACUGUUGUAAAUAGAGAAUUUAGAAUCCCCCUUUCACCUGUUUUUAUCAGAGUUAAACAAUUUUUAUGUCCCUAGAAAAUAUAACUCAUUGACUAACAUGAAAGAUUUGUGUUGAUAUUCCCUGUUUCUACUGAUUUGAUUUAUGCAUCAUAUAAUAUAUAAAUAUAUAUAUAUACUAAUUGUAUAUUAUGUCCUCCAUGUCUUUAUGGUUAAAAUGUUUUCCUUGCACAGUAUGUAUAUGUAUGUUCUUAACCAGUUCAUAUGAUUAAAUAUGUUUGUUUUAAA